CUUCCUCUUAUGUGAGGGACAUGAGACUUCCCCUCUCAUCGCAGAGCAGAGUCCCGAGGCCUCUGCCAGGCAACAUUCACCCAGAGUGGGGCUCUGGGCCACCAGGAUGCCCGCAUCUGCCUCCCCACCCCCGCUGCCCGGGCCAUCCCUGCUGCUGCCUCUGCUGCUGGGCCUCACAGGUGUGGCUGGUGAGGCGGGGCUGCAGGUGAUCCAGCCUGACAAGUCAGUGUCUGUCGCAGCCGGACAGAUAGCCACUCUGCGCUGCACCAUGACCUCCCUGAUCCCCACAGGGCCGGUUCAGUGGUUCAGGGGUACAGGGCCAGGCCGGGAGUUAAUCUUCAGUUACAAAGGAGGGCACUUCCCCCGAGUAACAAAUGCUUCUGACACCACAAGGAGAAACAACAUGGACUUUUCCAUCCGCAUCAGUAACGUCACCCCAACAGACACCGGAACCUACUACUGUGUGAAGUUCCAGAAAGGGACCCCUGAUGAUGUGGAGUUUAAGUCUGGACCAGGCACCAGAAUGUUUGUACAUGCUAAGCCCUCUCUUCCAGAGAUUUAUGGCCCCUCCAGCAGGGCCAGCCCAAGCCAGAUAAUGAAUCUCACCUGCACAUCAACUGGCUUCUUUCCCAAAAACAUACAGCUGAAAUGGUUUGAAAAGGAUGUGGAGCUUCCAGCCUUUCAGACCCUCGUCUUCCUGCCUAGAGACGCCGAAGCCUACACCAUCUUCAGCACAGUGCUGGUGACCCUUGACUUAUCCUUACUACACUCCCAGGUCACCUGCCAGGUGACUCACAGUACAUUGCAGAGCCCCCUCAGUAGGCACGUGAACAUCUCCAGAUUCCUCCAAGUUAUACCCACAGUGACCAUAUCCGUCCACCGGGUCCCAAGCCUCCAGCUGGCCAUCCUCAUCUGCCAUGUGCAAAGGUUCUACCCUGAAGUCAUACAAAUCACCUGGCUGGAGAUGAACAGAAGUAUUAAGGCCUAUGAGACUUCUGCCCCUACCAAGGACCCGGAUGGCACAUUCAACCAAGACAGUCAUAUCCUGGUUUACAUCUCAGAGGACAGAGCACCGUUCACCUGCCAAGUGGAGCAAGAGGCCCAGCCACUGAUCCAGGCCAGCGUGCCACUGAAUGCCAGAGCAUCCAGCUCCUUCUCUGGAACCCUCAUCCUGCUUGGCUGGAAGUUGUUUUCCCUGACGGCACUUUGCAUCAUCUAUGUCCUCAAGAGGAGAUUCCCUUCCCAGAGGACUGAUCCAAGAGAGGCCCUGGCCAUGAAGUCUGCAGCGACUCCCAAAGCUUCUCCUGCCUCGUGAGUCUUCUGAGACCUUCUGCACUGGCUGUCCCUCGCUGUUUCCUGCAGCCCCCAGAGAAAGUGAGAACCUGGACCUUGAGGGUUAGUUGGGAGAGGUAGGCUCUCACAUCGUAUGAAAGAAAAGAAGCUUCUCUGGGGAUUCUGGACAUGAAGUUCAUGACCCUGAGCAAGAAACUCAGCAGAGCAAAACAAGCUCCUACCCAAGGAGGAACACAGACCUGCAAAUUCUGAAGGCUCCUCCCGACUCCUCAAGGAAAGCCCAUGGUGGGCACCCAAACUCUCAGGAAACCUUGACAGCACCAUCAUUAAAAUGGGAUUAAAAGAAACUCUUAUAGCCAAUAAAUAUAUGAAGAGAUGUUCAGUCUCAUCAGUAAUCAGGAAAAGCCAAAGAAAAACCACACCGAGGUGCCAUUUUUUCCCUAUUCCAAUAGGAAAAAUAAAGAAGCAACUGGCUCUUUC